AGACAUGAACCUACGCAGCCAGCGCGAGACAUAACGUUCAGUGUUUUCAAGGUCAAAGAAACAUUAAAAAGAACGCAUAAUAUUAGCUAAUUUCAGCUCUGAAACUAUUAACAUGGGAAUCAUUUCAGGCAGGUUUGCAAGGCAAACAGAUGAAGAGCAAUAUAGAUUUUUGUCUGCUGUGGCAUCUUCUUUACGCCUUGGUUGGUUAGGGACCGAUGACAAGGAGAGGGAGAUGAGGGUGUGCCAACUUGCACUAUUUCCAAUGCUUAUGAAUGCAUCAGCUUUACAAGGGGACAUUGUUUCAAUGCAAACACAUCUGAAAGAGGGUGCAGAUGUAUGUGUUCCGGAUAAUCGUGGGAGGACUCCCCUACAUCUUGCAGCUGGUGAGGGUGAUGUGGAGACGGUCAAAUAUCUUAUCAGUAAAGGCGCAGAUGUCAAUGCCAGAGAUAAUUCAGAAGGAACCCCUAUUAUGGAUGCAAUCCGUUUCAAAAAUUAUGAGGUAGUGAAGUUUUUGGUCAAUGAAGGAGCCCUGUUAGAGAUGUCCGAGCCGGAUCUAGGGGCAGAGAUGUGUUGUCUUGCAUACCUGGGAGAUACUGAACAGAUGGAAGCUUGGAAAUUAGCUGGAGUCAGCUUAAAUUUUGCUGAUCUUGAUGGCAGAACUCCCUUACAUGUGGCAGUGUGCACGAACCAGGAAGAGGUGGUGAGGUUCUGCUUAAAGAAUGGGUCAAAUCUUGAGCUCCGAGACAGGUUCAAUAACCGACCUGUGGAUGAUGCACAUCGUUUGGGAUUGAAACACCUUUUUAAGCUUCUCACCAUAGGGGCCAAAAAGCUACAGAGAAGGGAAAGCACCAAGGUCACUGAAGCCCAGGAGGAAGAAUCUGACUGAGAUGAACUGGCCUCAGAAGAAGUGUAGCAUGUCACAACAUGGCUAGUUAUCGUAGUAGUCUAUAAUAUAUUACACAAACUCCUAUCACAAAACAGAUAUAACCCAUUCAUGUAUUUUUAUCUGAAAAAGAAAAUACCUCCGUCAUUUUGUAACUAUAUUCGCUGUUUGGGUUUUGAAUAGAGUCAAUAA